AUGGUGGCCCGGAGACAGUCGUGCGAGGACGCCCUGGGCGAGCUGACGGCCAUGGCAAACAAGACGAUGAUUGCCACAGGACGCUGGUUCCGCCGUCCGGAUCGAGGACCACACGAGCUGAAGCGUCACAUACCGCCGGCGCAUGAACAGUUCCAGCGAGCUCUCGACCGGCUGCAGCAGGAAAUUUUUCUCGCCAAAGCACUGCUCGAGAAGGACUACCAUGCUAUACUGGAGAAGAAGGCGGCGUUGAACAGGGUCCAGCAGGGGAACUCGGUCCCGGUCUCGGCGGAUGCGGUGGUGGGGGGUGAGCAGUCGACAGCACCGGCAGCGUCCUCGCGCGAGACCGUCGACGGACCUCCGCAGUCGACGUCGACCAUAGAGCCGGUUCCCGCGCCCACUACGCAGCCGACAGAUACUCAGAAUCAGCAAUCGAUACCACCAGUGUCGGUGCCAGCAGCAACAGCAGCGACAGCAACGAUAUCACCACCUCUUACUACAUCAGCUCCAGUGCAGCCCAUACCAAGCACGACAGAAACCACUCAAUCCCUAGCCAUGGCCACGGGAGAUGCGCCGGACUCCCUGGCCAACGACAUGAUCCUCGACCUACAGCCCACAGACAUGGCCGAGCCCAUGGCGCACACCCAGAGCGGCAUCAGCCAUACAUCUGGCAUAAGCUCUCUCCUCCCUGGCCUCGAGAGCUAUGCCAACGCCGGUGUUGAAGAGAACAUCAUGGACCUCCUCCCGGCAACCGGACAGCCCAAUGGCCAGGUUAACGGGCAGACCAAUGCCCAAAAUAACAACCAGACUAACGGCCAGAACAACCAGAACAACAACCAGAAUAAUGACCAGAAUAUAACGACAGAGAACACCCGCCGGGACGUGGUGAUGGAAGACGUCCCGGAGUCGAACUUUGACGACCUCUUCGUCGGCGCGGGAGACUUUGGAGGUGACGCGGAUGACCUGAUGCUUAAUACUGCAGAGAUGACGGAGCUGGACGAUUCGUGGUUUCAAUAG